AUAAUCAUGUAAAUACAUGUCAAAAAUUAAAUAAAAACUAUUAAAGUAAACGCAACUUGUUUGUGCAUGUACUCUCAACAUCCUUGGUUUAAUAAUUUUAUUUGCGACACCACCAUGUGUACAAACAUGUGCAUAGAUUCGGAAAAGGAUCCCUCAAAAACUACGUCUACCAAAGAAAGAAGAAGAAGAAGAGAGUAAGAGAUGGAAGAUUUGGUGGUGAAGUCAACGAGCAUUGUGCGUCCCAGAAACAUUGCUAACCAAUCAAUAUCAGAUCGUGUGAAGAAGAUCAAUCUGACUCCAUGGGAUCUCUUGCGUCUUAGUUUUUGUUAUCCUCAAAGAGGUCUCUUCUUUCACAAACCUGACGAUUUAGAUAUUGAUACAAUCCUCUCAAAGCUAAAAACUUCACUCUCUAUUGCUCUCAAUCACUUUUACCCUUUGGCUGGUCGUCUUGUCAAAGAAGUCAACGAAGAGGAUCACACUGUCUCCUAUUUCAUCAGCUGCUGCGAUGAUGGUUCCGGUUCGGGUGGCGUAAAGUUCAUUCAUGCUGCAGCUAAAACACUCGCCAACAGUGAUCUGGUUAAGUCCGGUUUUGUCGAUGGAUUGCUUGGUUCUUUCUUUUUCCCUGCGACAGGAAUCAAGAACUAUCAAGGUGUGUCAAACCCUUUACUUAUGGUGCAAGUAACUGAAUUAAAAGAUGGCAUUUUCAUCAGUUAUGGCUAUAAUCAUACCGUUGCUGAUGGCAACUCGAUUUGGAAAUUCAUCAAUGCAUGGUCAGAGAUUUGCUCCAAGGGUUCUGGAUCUGUCCCCAUGGAUCUUUGUCUCAAAGGUUGGUUUCUUGAUCGUAUCGAAUAUCCAAUCCGAGUUCAAGAUCCUGAAAUAGAACAGCCUAGUAAGGAUGCUUCAACAACAUCAAACAUGUUACAAGAGAUUGUGUUUCGUCUUACAAAGGAGAAUGUGUUAAAACUGAAAGCUAAAGCUAACGAUGAAGUUGUGUCCAAAGAAGAUGGAGAGAUCUCUUCGUUUCAAGCGGUUUUAGGACAUAUAUGGCGUUCAAGGGUCAAACACGGUGGCAUGAGCCGAGAAGAAGGCACACAUUGUAGAGUACCAAUAGACAUGAGACAGAGGCUAAACCCAAAGCUAAAAGAAAACUGUUUCGGGAACUUGGUUCAUACCGGAGUAGUAACCGUUAAAGUUGGGGAGAUGCUGGACCAUGGGUUAGGCUGGUUGGCUCAGAAGAUAAACAAAGUGGUUAGGUCACAAACCAAUGAAAAUGUUAAAGCAUUUGGAGAGAAUUGGGUCAAGAAUGUUGAGAUUCCGGUUUCGGUUAGCGCCACUCUGCUUGUUACUAGUUGUCCCUGGUUUAAUGUGUAUGGAAACGAUUUUGGGUGGGGUAAACCGAUUGGUUUACGUUCUGGACCGCCACUUAGCAAUGGGAAACUAGUAGUUGUUCAAGGGGUGGAAGAAGGAGGUCUUGAAUUUCAAGCUUGUUUUCCUUGUCAAGUAGUUGUAAAACUAUUAUGUGAUGCCGAGUUUCUGGAGUAUGUGGACAUUGCUUCAUGAUUUAUGUCAGCGAUUUACACGAUUGAGGUGUUUUUUUUUGUCUUUCGAUUUUAGAGACUCUGUAUGGGAAAGAUUAUGAAAACUAAUAUUUUGUUUUAAUGUUUUUAUUCAAUAUUCUUACCAAACAAAAUAACAUAUUAGAUUGUUGACCAAUCUUGUUUUCCAUGCAAAAAGCCAUUGAACACCAAACUAAAAAGUGAUAGAAAAGGAAAAUCAGUAAUUUAUUAUUCAAUUAUAAUUUUAUUUAUUUAAUUAGAAUGUGUGAAAAAAUAAAUAUCAAUACAAUACUAAAAGGGGAAUAUGAGCCUCAGUUAGGCCAUCCACGUCAGCCAUUAAAAUCAGCCAAUAAGAGAUCAUGUUACUGCCACAUCAUCUUUGUCGAAACUGAUAUUUCAUGUUGGGUUCUCUUUACAUUUUAAAACAGCCCAAUUGAGCCCAAGUAGCCUUCUAAAAACCAUAGAAUUGUUCUUCCCCGAGUAUCCCACUUCAUCGUCACCGAUCGAAAUCGCUGCGUCGUUUCGGUAACCUACGGUUCAUCAAUUUGUUAUGCCAUUAAAGUUCCUUAAAUGGUUUCUCUUCUGUAACGUCGAACUCCACCAAUCUUUCUCAUUAGACCCUUUCUUUACAGUUACAGUUGUGACCCAUGCAACCGUUCCGAGUCCCUGACUUUUACCUUAUAUAAAUCCUUUCUUUGAUACCCUGAUCCUCGCAAAAUCGGCCAAUCUCUUCGUUGUCUUCUUAAAUUUCCUUUCAGUCGUAUAUAUUGACAAGAGACAGUUGAAAUUAUGAAGAAUAAACGACAGACUAGAUGAAUUGGUCGGGGAAAAGAAUCCGAAGGAUGCUGGGAUGCUGGCGUCUAUGGUGUCGUAUGCAAUUGGGCCGGUUUUUCUUCCCUAGCUUGAGAGUGAAUCACUGUGUCAGUCUGAGGACGACGAAUAGGAAGAAGAUGAUGAAGCCGUUCUACCGUCAUCUAACUUCUCCAAUCAAAUCCUAGGCAGUGAGACAUGAGUGAUCAAAUGUCUCAAAGCAGCUAUUCAAAGAAGUCUUUGAGAAAAUCUCACAAGUGAAGGUUGGAAGAGGAACUGGUGGUUCAGAGAAUCAGAGCGCGUUAACCAAAAAAAGCUUUAUUUUAACUGAACUGGAAGUAAGUAGAACUUAAGAAUGUUUCUUUUAUUAAUUCUCUUUAUUUUGCGAUGUCUCUGAGACAGGAUAAACUCAAAAAUGUUUGGAAAGGUCAAACAAUGGAAUAGAAGACAUGUGUAAAGACCAAUGUAACUGGCCCAGCAACGAAGCUCAAGUGGGAUUUGCCGUUCUAGCUUACCAUCUCUUUUUCAGAGUGAUUUACAUGUCAAAGCAACACUCUGAGCUACACAAACAUAAAUAGAAGACUGAAGAUUAGGAAAUUUGGAGUUGCGAUUAAAAGAAAAUUAGAAAUCAGGCUCCUAUUUGGUAUGUUCCAUUACAUUAACGGAGAAAGCUGCGCUGGUGUCAAUUUCUCACGGAGAUUCUUACAGCAAGGGCAAGAAAUAAAGAAGGCGAUCAGAAGUCUCGCAAGCUCUUUUGGCUACUAAUCAUUUAACGAAUAUUGUCUGUGACAGCAAGCAAGGUAAUCACGCUAAUUGUAUGCAUCUGUGCUGUGCAUUAUCUGGUUAUUAAUGUGGAGUAAAAAGUCUUUAUAUUCCUUAGCUGGUGUCCUCAGGAGUUGAAAAACCAAAGUCUUAUGCAACUCCAGCUGGUGUUUUUUUUUUUGGAAUUGGGCUUGAACAGCUUGAGCUAAUGUGCAAAGUUUAGAACAUUGCUUCUCUUUAGCUAUAUGGAGUAUGGAGACGAGCAAGCAAGUGCUAUCAAAGUAAAAACCUUCAACAAAGAAGGCAAUUCAUAUCUCAGUAGAAAGAUGAAGUCUGGUCAGAUGAAAAAAGUGAUGAUGAGAUAAGUAUAUGACCUUCCUAUGAUGUCCUCUAAGGUCUCGGCUGUAUCUCUUCUGUCAUAAGCAUAUCAACAAAAACCAAUGGCCAUCAUCUAGCUCUCAGGAACAAUGGAGGAGUUAGUUUCCACAGUUAGUUUCCUGCAAUGUGGCGGUCACACAUAUCGUUUGGACUUGACAUAGCUUAAGAGAGCAAUAAUAGAGUUUUCAUGAAUUAUUCAUAUGUUUUUCCUAUUUUUUGUUUUAUGUUGCCUUAAUAUCUUAGUUAGUUAAAAAUUUUAAAUAUAAAGGAAGUCUGUUAAGAUAAAGGAUAUACUCCUUUUAGUAUUAGUCCGCUUAUAAUGUUUGUUCCCUCUAUAUUUUUAAAAUUAUCUUUUCAAAAAAAAAUUUUGGUUCAUACACUAUAAUUCUUUGUAUCUAAUAAGAAAACUGUUUAUCCA